AUGAAGCCCCAAAUUUGGGCUGGCGUGGGCCUCCUCCAUGCUACUACUGUAGCUGGAGCCGAAUAUAUCUGGCCGUCAAAGUAUGAUUUCUUAGAAGAUGUCAUGGCACUUCAAGCCGGCUACAUACGAAUGGGUUUCAUCGAUGCGGUAAAUCCAUGUGACUUCGGUCACAGCGUCGUAGGUCGCCAAAACGCAGCUGAAUGGAUUCGCACGGCGUACCAUGACAUGUCGACGCACGAUGCUGCGACGGGAACGGGAGGCCUGGAUGCGUCGAUCAUGUUCGAGCUGGACCGAGAUGAGAAUAAGGGGACUGCGUUCAACAACUCGCUCGGCUUCUUCCGGAACUACUACAGCCCCAGAACGACCGGGGCAGACCUUAUCGCGCUCUCCGUGGUCGCCGCAUCAUCGACGUGUGGCGGCCCCAAGAUCCCGUUCCGAGCCGGCCGUACAGACGUCAUGGAGGCGGGGCCAACGGGAGUGCCUGAGCCGAGUCAAGAUAUCAAGACACAUACUGACAUCUUUGCCAAAGCCGGAUUUAACACAAGCGACAUGAUCACGAUGGUAGCGUGUGGACACACUCUCGGCGGCGUCCACAACGACAACUUCCCCGAGAUCACGGGCGACACAACCCCGCUCGAAGUGCACCGCUUCGAGUCCAACACCUCGCACUCCUUCUCCAAAUUCGACAACGUCGUCGUGACAGAGUACCUCGAAGGCAACACCGCGAACCUCCUGGCGUACGGCAGCAACGAGACGACCAACUCCGACAAGCGCGUCUUCAGCGCCGACGGCAACGAGACGAUGAACGCGCUCGCCGACCCCGCCACCUUCCAGGCCAAGUGCGCCGACAUCCUCGAGCGCAUGAUCAACACCGUGCCCUCGACCGUCACCCUCACCGACGUCAUGGACCCCUUCGAGGUGAAGCCGUACAUCAAGCUGCUCGCGCUCAACUCCGACGGCAAGCUCGUCUUCGAGGGCCGCAUCCGCGUCCGCGUCACCAACCGCGCCACCCGCGACUUCGACGUCCACCUCACCUACGCCGACAACAGCGGCGCCAACGUCUCGACAGCCAUAACGACCGACCGCCCGACGCUACAGCUCGGCUCCUCGACCGGCCUGUUCCGCGAGUCCUUCGUCUGGCACGAGUUCUCGACCACCUUGGACGCCGCGGCGGGGAUCAGCAACUUCAACGUGCACAUCACGCCGACGUCCGGCAGCGGCGCCGAGGUCUUCGACAACGGCGGCAGCGGGUUCCCGCUCGAGAACGCCGUGCUGCUACAGCGCCUGCAGUCGUGCACGGGCGACUACAGCGAGACGACGCAGACGCGGCCGCUGACCGUCACCGUCGCCGUCAAGAAGGAGCGCGCCGGCGAGCCCGUCACGAUGGAGCUCGCGCACCCGGUGCCCCAGCUGGGGGCCAUGCUGCCGCGGUACGAGGUCAAGACGCACGUGUUUGAGAAGACGGGCGUCGAGAAGGGGGAUUACGUGCUCUUUGAGGCGAACACGCCGAUCGAGGAGCUGGAUGUCAAGAUCACGUAUGAUAUCGUCGUGGGCGAGGGCGCGGCGCAGACGAGGCUCGAGUUCCAGGAUACGGAUGCGCUGGUGGACCCGUGCACGCCGUUAUGAUGAGAUAUAUUUCCCUAGAUAUGAUGAGAGGGAGGGAGGGGUUAUAGACGGGUGUUUGAGAGCCUGGUAAUUUUGAGCCAUAGAUAUCCAUAGAUGAAAGCGAAUGUAAUCUGAUUUUGAUUUUACGAUUUCUCUAUCUGAAGCCUCUUGAGUUGGCAGAGCUGGUAGGAUGAAGGAUUCUCGGGCACGAGUUUCGUCAUCAACAGUCUUUGCU